AUGGUUUCUACAAGCAAGCUUUCAGCAAAUGGUGGCAAGUUCAUUACAAAUGGUACUAAGUAUCGUAGCAUAGUGGGUGCUCUUCAAUAUGCGGUAGUAACUCAUCCUAAUAUUGCUUAUUCAGUAAACAAGGUUUUUCAAUUUAUGCAUGCACCAUGUGAUAUACUCUUUCAGGCAGUCAAGAGGAUCUUGCGUUAUCUUCAGGAUAUUGCUGACAAUGGGUUACGCUUUACUUCAUCAUCAAGACUAUCGUUAACUACUUUUGUUGAUGCUACGUGGGCCUCUGAUGUCGAUGAUAGACGAUCCACCUCGGGGUUUUGUAUUUAUUUUAGAGGGAAUCUUAUUUCAUGGAGUUCUCAUAAGCAGCAAGUCGUUGCACGUUCUACUGCUGAGGCUGAAUAUAGGAGCGUUGCCUCUACUCCUGCUGAUCUAAGUGUGGAUUAUGGCUUUUCUUAA